AUGAAAGCAAAAGAAAAGAUGCAAGCCCUGUAUCAAAAAGUAGAUGAGAAGUUCUAUGAACAGUUUGGAUUCAAAAUAAAGGAAGCGAGUAUGGAUAAACUGGUGGAUUACAUGUAUACUCCUAAAGAUUCCUCCAGUUUGGCUGUCACCAGGAUUCUGUUUGGUCUAGCCAUGCUGUUCGAUAUCCCUGACGAGCGAGGCGGUGCAACAAUGGACAAGCGCUGGGGAGACCCCAACACCUGCCAUUUUCCGCUGUUCCCGGGGCUGACGGCUGUCGGCAUGCCUUAUAUGGCAGUGGUGUAUGCGGCAUUGUGGGUCGGAGCGCUAUGCAUAAUGCUUGGCUACAAGUUCCGCAUCACUGCGCCGAUGUUCACAAUCUGCUACUGGUACCUGCUCCUCAUAGAGAAGUCCUUCUGGAACAACCACAGCUACCUGUUCGGACUGGUCGCUUUGCUGCUCAGCUGUACGGAGGCUGAGUGUUAUUGGUCAUUGGACGCAUACCUUGACCCAAGCAAGCGGAAACCUACAGUUCCAUACUGGAAUUAUUUUGUACUGAAAUACCAGUUCUUUAUAUUGUACUUUAUGGCUGGGAUGAAGAAGGGAACUGCUGAAUGGCUUACUGGGUAUUCCGUCCAGAAUCUUAGCGAACAUUGGGUGUUUGACCCUUUUAAAUACUUCCUAACGGUCCAGCAGACAGAUUACCUGGUGGUGCACUGGUUCGUGUUCGUCUUCGACCUGACGGUGGCUCUGUGGAUGAUGUGGUCUAUCACCAGGCACGUGGCAAUGGUGUUCUGUGCAUUGUUCCAUCUCAUGAACAGUCGCCUGUUUCGGAUAGGAAUGUUCCCAUGGGUCUGCCUGGCUACAAUGCCCUUAUUCUAUCCAUUUGAUUGGCCGAAAACAAUCGCAUCAUACGCUUUCAACUAUUAUACUAAAUUGAAGCGUAGUUUUUGCUACAAAAUUCAACAGUACAGAAUGAAAUCCGAUUGCGACUGUAAAAUUAACAAUUCUGAUAAUGACAAGGCAGAGGAUGAGACUAUGAAAGUCGUUGAAAAGGAAGACUCGUCUAAAAGCAAACACAACAUCAAAACUGCAGAAACAAAUACUGAUAUUGAUGAAAAAGUAAAUGACAGCAAUGAGAAAGCAAAUAUCGAUAAUGUAUUCGAUCAAGAUAAGGACAAAAUUACUAAAAUAGAUGAACAAAAACCUAUAAAUGAACCUGAAAAAUCCAAUAGUAGUAUUGAAAAUAAUAGCAAUAAAAAUAAAGUAACAAUAUACCUAAUUUUGUCAUACGUUUUCAUUCAAGCGUUUCUGCCGUAUUCACACUUUAUGACAAAGGGCUACAAUAAUUGGACCAAUGGCCUCUACGGCUACUCGUGGGACAUGAUGAUCCACACAUGGGACAUCAGCUCCGUCGUCGUCAAGGUCGUGGACAACCAGAGACAAGAGGAAAUCUACAUCGACCCUGAACAGUACACCCUCAACGAUAGAUGGUCCAAACAUGGCGACAUGCUCCUUCAGUACGCUCACUGUCUCAAGAACAAUCUAGAAAGAAUGAAGAAAACUAAGUUGCAUAAUCCAUCGAAGGCUUUGUCCAACAACAUAUCCAUCUACGUAGAUAUCUGGUGCUCAAUGAACGGCAGAUUCGUCCAAAGAAUGUUUGACUCGAAAACGGAUUUGCUUAAGGCAUCGUGGUCCCCAUUUUCUGAAGUUCCUUAUCUAAUGCCCUUGUUGGAUGAAGCAGUUCAUUGGAGAAAGGAUAUGGAUGAAAUAAGAAGCGAAGUCCAUUCUUGGAGUGAACAUAGCGAUGUUAUAUUCUUUGCUGAUUUUCCAGGUUACGACCAAGAAAAGUACAUUCCACUGGAGCUUCAAAAUGUCACGCUAACCGUCCUAGAAGGUCAAGUGGUGUUCGAACCAGAGGUGACCACAAAGCAAAUAGGACAGUCCUUCAAGCUGACCAACGGCCAUCGCAUUCACGUGCAUUCUGGAAUGUUCCACAGAGUUCUGAACGUCGGGAAAGAUCCCGCCUUUUAUAUGUACACUUUCUUUAAUGCAACUGAUGUGAAUCAGAGUAAUGUCUAUAAUACUAAAUUGCCGAUCUUUCGAGAACUUUUCAGAAGAUUUACCAACAUGUUCGUGUUUGGCAAGUUGGUAGUUAGUAAUGUUUUUCAAUUGUUUAAAUAUUCACAAUGUAGCUCUUCUUGAAUUAUUCAGUGGUUAAUUAUUUCAUGGCUAUAUGCUUUAUGUAGGUACCUUUGUGUUUUGAUUAUAUUCUCGUUAAUUUCUUAAGAAUAGUUAGUAAUUAACGCUAAGUAGGUAUGGAUCAAAGUCUUAGGCAAAUUGUAAGAGAUGGACAUAGAAUAAAAUGCAUUUUCUCUUAACUCAUUAAUCAGAAAAAAACUAUCUAUAAUGCGUGCUUAUUGUCCUUAUUGUAAUUAUAGGUUCAAAUUAUUUAUACUUAAUUGAAUUUUAAAUUGUCUUAAUGAAACAAUUCGCAAUUUAGUACUGGAUGUACAAAACGAGGCAGGCGCGCUCCCUGAAAAAUGUGGAGGGGCCAGAACCAGAAUUAUUUAACCUUUCGAAUAACGGUCAACAAAAAAAAAUAUUCUAUUGUUUGCUGAAAAUAGGAGAACUUCCGCUGUUGAAUAAAUGUAGGUAACCACCAAUAAGUACAUACAUGUUAUUGUGAUGUCUUUUGAGGUAGCAUUGAACCUACUAGUCAUAAUUUAUUACAAAGUGAGUUACAUGACUCAAUGUGUUAUCGUAGCUUAAAAUUAAAUUAAAACUACUUAAAAUAAUCCACGCAGUGACAAGAAUUUGAAAGCACGCGGGCUGGUAGGCCGGUAAGCUGCGGGUACGGGUGAACACGCGGGAUAAACGGUAUUGCCAGUCUUUACAUGUCUUCUUAACAAAAAUAUAACGUCAUAUUUCCGAUCCGACUUUCUGUUAUGUAGACAAGGCAAUAGCGUUUAUUAGCACCCUGUCAUUUUAUUAUGUAAUCCCAAAUAAAAAUGUAAUCCUUAAAAUCUUAAGUAAAAAUUAAAUUCAAAUGCCACUACAAUGUGAACGCAUCAUGAACCAGUGUUGCCAAUAGUGCAAAAUAUUUGUAUUUUGUAUUUUCUGAAACGUACGAAAUAAACAUGUUUGGAAGUU